AUGUUUGGAAUUAAAGCAUUUAGAUUUGGUAGAAAAGGAAGCCAUGCCAGUACUAGUACUGGCGGCAAUAGCAGCAACAACUCAUCAGAAAUUAGUGGAUCCAAGAGUGCCUAUUAUGGUUACCCUGGAUUUGAUCACUUUAUAUUAUUAUUAACACAUUUAAUAAACUUGUUGGAAUGA